AUGCGGGCGACGGUGUAUCAGCGGUGGCAGGACGUGGAGGGCGGGCUCGGUGGCCUGGCGGCGCGCUUUGCGAGCGGGUCCGUGGCUGCCGCCCUCGCGGCGCGCGACAGCGACUGGGAGGCACUGGCGGGCGAGGAGGACCGGCGGCUGGCGGCGGGCGGCGGGACGGACCAGGCGCUGCGGCAGUCGUUCGACGACACGGGCGUGAGCCAGGCCUCGCUCGAGCGGCCGCUGCCCGCGUGGAACAGAGGGCACCUGCUCCUUCUCAAGCUCGGGUGGGAGUCUGACGGCCGCCUCGAGCCGGUGGCGCUGCGCGCGCAGUACUUUGGGGCUACGUCGGGGCUGGGCAAAGAGAGCGAGUACGCGGCGCAGGCGCGGCAGGCGACCGAGACGCGCAAGGCGAGCCUCCCAACCAUGCAUCAUGCGAUCACACGCAGCCGGCGGCAUCCCUCCCGCGAAUCAACGCACCCGGCGGCGAGCAUGAGCGAGCGGAUCCUUGCCGAGAGCGACGGCGAGGCGGCGGCGCGAAUCGCAGAGAACGAGCGGCAGGGCGCCAUCAAGGCGGCGCGCGAGGCGGAGGUCUCGUGCUUCUACUGCGAGGUGUGCGACAAGCAGUACCACAAGGUGAACGUCGCGACAGCGCGUGGCGAGCGCCCUGCACCGUAG